AUGGUGCUGAGAUACCACCCUUGCCCUUCCAUUUCGGAGUUCAUACCGGAUGAAGAUACUCUAAAGUUGUACCGACAAUACGAGCUCACUGGCCAUAACGAGACAGGUCUAAGUGGGUUGAGUCUGAAGGAGAAGCAGGUUAUUGAGCGGCUACAGGCCCGGCAACAGGACUUGCCGUUGCUGAACAUGCUUCUUCAGGCGCUACGGAUUCCUGGCCUCCGUCCUGGGUUUAUGGCGGGAAACAUCAACCGAUUGCUGCGUAUGAAAUGCCCACAUUGCAAGGAGCAUGCGCAUUACAUCCAGCACAUCCUGAAUGUCUGGACCUAUAUCAUGGGCCCCCAACCUGUCUCUAAUCUGGAUGCCGAAUCUGUUCGGCUAUUGCAGGGCCGGUCGCCGGUAUGGUCUACCACUGACCACGAUUUUAUCAGGCGCCUCCUGUCGGUAGGCGUACUCUUUCCGGGAGUGACAGACCCAGAGAGACGUGCGCUUCUUGCCCGUCGGCUUCUUUCUGUAGCGACUAUCAUUCCCUCGCUACGCACGUUUAUGGAGGAUACGAAAUAUCUCCUGCCGUGUGCGCUGGCAUUGCGAAGGCUCAUCCCUGAUGCUCCAGGGGAUACAAUCCAAACUUGCCUCUGGCACUAUUACAGCGCACCUGAGCCGCAUACCACGAAUGGCCGAGUCGCGUUCCUCCACGCAUACCGACGGUUAUGGCUGUUCACCAUGCGGUGCUUCCCCCAUCUGGUCAGCAUCAUGCCUCUGCGGGACCGUCGUGGAGCAGCAAGACGCGUCCAUCGAUCGCGGGAGAAAUCCAAGCGCUGUUGGACGGCCCUGGCUCAUCUUGCGUGGUCGCAGGGCUUCCGUACUCCCAAAAUUGCUGCGAUACUCCAGCAGUGGGGGUUCCGAUCAGUUCAACGUCAACGCCAGGGACACUUCCAAGAGCCCCACUUAACCCGAAAUGGGACAGGCCCCUGGAAGCUGCGCCACCGCCCCGAUCACAGUGUGCAUCUGUUAUCCCCCUCAUUGUGUCGCGAGCCAAGGAGGGUCCUUGCCACCAAUGGCAGUCAUCUGGAAACAGAUAGGCGGAGGACUAGUGCCGAGCCGCUGCUGCACGAUGUAUGGCGGGAUGGUAACACCCCCGGGCAACGAAUCAAAUACAGCCCGUCUAGCUAUGGUUCCCCAGCCGCCUCAUCACAUGGUGAGCCUGCCAGAAGGCCGCUCUUUGAUUCGGCGGAGCUGGUACGGAUAGGCGACAGUAAUCCCUUCAGUUCAUCCACCACACGAAUAGAUUCCCCCCACCCCCCAUAUACACCCGUCCACAAAUGUCCUCCAACCGCAGUGUCACCGGUUGCUGGCCCGUCGCAUUCUCGGCUCGGGCUUCUGGGGUGGAAGACUCGGAAGAGGCCGCAAGACAUGCCACCGCCACGGUCAUCAGGGGCAGAGGGUAAAGGCAUUCUAUACGAGAUGGGAACACCGGCAACUGUGUACUAUUUGCCUUUGCCCCGCGCGCGUCGGCUUUUUAAGCAAUACCUUGACAGUCAUCCUCACUUCGUCUAUGCAAGACUGACCUCUAGAGGGCAUCGCCUAGUUGAUCCGGCCGCCGUUCCUAGCCACCUGAAAGAUGCUGUUGUGAUAGCUGGCCCAAAGCAGUUAAUGUCCCUAUGUGAUGAAGAGGACGCACUGAUGGAAGAAAAGGAAGAGCGCCAGCCACAAAAUGCGCAGGCCUAA